AUGGCGGCGAGACCACCUCUACCGACUUCCUCCUCCGACUUUGCCCUCCCCCCAUCGACCUCCACAGUGGGCCCCGGUCCGCCCGGCGAGGAGUUCAACCCUCUACUUAUGCGUUUUCGUCGGCCGAGCCUCCUGGCUCCACCUCGUGCGACGUUCUACUCCGAGGGACGCAUAAACAGCCCUCUCGCAAGCUCGUCUUUCACGACAUCCUCCGCUCAUCGGCAUGCCUCGACAGGCAGCCUUAGUAUGAGUGGCGAGGAGUCGGAGAGCGAUAGAGAAAAGAUGUGGACCGACAGCCCGCCCUUCACCGAUUCCGGCUCGAAUACUCCAUCGACACCGCCUGUGCCUUGUCCCUCAGCUGUUUUCGCGGAGAAGGACAAGUCGACGUCCAGUGUGGACAGUGACAGCAGCAUGAAGUCGAAUACUGGCAUUUCCAGCUACAGCAUCGAAACGGAAAGCACUGCAACUGUCGAACCGAGCACCCCCUCUCAGCCAUCCAGUGAAGUGAGCCAAACGCCUUCACGGUCGAAGAAGUCGCGCCGGAAAUCUCACCCUGUGAGCCGGAAUCGUUUCAUGCCUUACACAGGCGUGCUGACGGCCGACGCGACUCAGAUAAAGGUGCCUCGCAUCCUCACUCUGCUUUCCGAGUCCAAGCCAGAAGAGAACGAGGUCAAAUCUGAGGCUCAGUUUCAGAAAUUUGUUGCGUCGUUCUCCACCCACCCUGGAAUACCUCGUUCUCUCUUGGAUAGAGGCCGCUAUCCAGACGAGGCUGGAGAUGACGAACCAGUGCGAGACGACCCUGUAUCAAGUGACGAUGAAGGCGACCCUGGAAUAGCUGCACCGUCCUCGUACUCUCACCCUUCCACGGAGCCUAUCAAUAUUCCGAAGUCCGUCACACCCGCGCAGAGCGUGAAUGGAGACGAUUUCGGUUUUUCGGAGAGUCCAGGCACCAAUGCUAUGGACAUUGACACCUUUCAGCAACCUUCUUCGGCUUGCGGAUCUCCCAAGAUGACCUCAUGGCGUUACACACCCCCUCCAACCGCAACAAGUGCUGUUCGGAGUAAUAAGAGGAAGAUGGACGAUCGUUAUGAUCCCUACCCUCUUCCUGCAAAGAGACGGGCCGUAUCUCCGUCGGUAUCAUACCUUCGAGACUCAACACCUUCGCUUUUUGCACCUCGCACGCCUAAUGGGAGUGGGCGUAUACAGCUGCCGCAUCCAAUCGCUAUCCCUGUUGUGCCGAAUUCUGGGGCUUCUUCGCCUGUCGUCACACCUUCCGGCCUGAAUGGCUCCCGCCCCAUGAGCUGGGGUGCUCAAAGCGUGCUGUCUAGUCCAACACUACGCGCUCAGAUUGGACUCGCGAGUCCAGUCCUCCGUCCAAUGAUGAGGCGGAGAGAGGACGGCAGAGAAGUUGAAGGCGCGGGAGAAGGUGUUAACGGCCUGAGUCUUGAAUGA